AUGCGUUUAUUUUCUCAUUCUACCCCUCUAGGUCUAAUAGUGAUUCUGGGCGUCCCACUCGUGAUUAUCUACGUGUACAUUUUCAUGCCCAUCUCCCUCUUUCCAACACGACGUUCCCAAAACACGGAACCCAAAACGCCAAUAGACCCGGACAUUGGGCACACCGUAAACUGGGAUUUAGUCGCGGAGAAUGCUGCUCACAACUCGCGGAGCAAAAAUAACAGCAGCCACAGCAGCAGCAACGAAUUUAUUGAAACCCUUGCGAAGACCAAAGACGAGCCCCCGUCUCGGAGAGCUUCCGCCUCUAGUCAGUCCUCUGCCGAUGACAUUCAAGGCCAUCUCCUCCGCAGCGGUGCUAGUGCCAGCACGAAGCGUGCCCAGACGAAUGGAAAGUUGAGUUGA